AUGGACCGAUCGUCGGGCUGCCCACUAUUAUUCAUCGGUAUACUGUUACUCUCGAGCGUGAUCUCGACGAGUCAAAGUGCGAAACGCCCAGCGGUUUGUAAGGACUGCAUAAGAAACAAGAUUAGCUAUCACCAUGGCGAUCGGCUGAUCGCAAGUCCGAUCAAUUUGCUCAAUCCCGAUCGCUACGAGUUCUUCACACUCGACGACAAGGGAAAGGUGGUGAAGCGCAUCAUGACUUUCAACGAGAUACAGAGCAUCGUGGCCGGAAGUGAUAUUAGCGAGCAGAAGCUGUUUGCCAACGCCAACAGCAAUGAUCGUAUCAUGUCGAAUGUCGUCUCCAACGUACGCAACGUGCUGAACAACGAGCUGCACCUGAUGCAUGUGCACGAGCAGCAGGGUGAUCACGGUACAACGGAACUCCCCUUUUCGGAUGUGAUCAGUAUGAAGCACGAACCUCUGACGACCACAACGACGACGACCACGACCUUCAAAACGACUAGCGCUGAGGAGCAGCAGUCAACGGAAAGUCCUUCCAGAGAAACAGCCUCGAUCCUCGGUGGGGAGCCAGAUAGGAUCACAACUCUGCACUUCACGGUAGGACAGCAGACAAAGUUGGAAGGCACCACGAAGCAAAAUGCACCAACGACAUCAACGGAAAGAACAACAACCGCAAGACCAACAACUACAAUUUCUACUACGAUACGAACAACCAAACCGACCACAUCGACUAGUACAACGGUACGAACGACAAAACCUACGACGGAACCAACCACGACGACAAGUACUACGGUAAGAACAACGGAACCGAGCACCACCACGCCUAGUACCACGGUGCGAACCACGGAGGCAACGACACCGAAACCGACGACGAAAACCACGGAAGAACUAAGAGUAAGAUCAUCGGUCCGACCGGUACUGAAAACCACGGAACCACCGUCAACGUCUGAACGCACAACAACGGCUCGAACGACACCGAAACCGACAACUACUAGCACAACGCCACGACCGACCAGUCCAAGCACAACCACUGGACUACCCUCUACAACGGUACAACCGGUACGGCUUUCGACCACUACGACCACCAUUCGUCCGAUUGCCGAGAAACCAUUGCUGAAAAACACGCAACGACCUCUGGAACGGCCGGUUGAGCAUGUCACACAGCAAACUACAUCAUUUGUAGCUAGCUCGUCUGAAGCCUCUACCGAGUACCAGUCGUCAGAGUCUUCCGAAGUGACCAUCACACAAUCCGUUAGCACGGAAGAGCUGAGAGAUGUACCGGUAAGGAAAGUAUCUCAAACCGCACGUCCUCAGACCACAGUAGCAUCCACCACUAGUGCAACAACCCAGAGCACGACCAAACCCAUCACGACAACGCAAGCUAAUCUGGCAACAGAAGCAACAUACAAACCCCCAACCAUGUCCCCACCAACCAAGGAUGCCAUCGCUGAAGUGCUUAACGAUCUGGUUGCACAAUCCACGAGCCAGCUGGAGGAUGAUUCAUCGGAAGAGCCGCCCAUCUCGACCGAAUCCGAUUUCACGUUCACCGAUGCGAUCACUCAGUACCUUACCGAGCUGCAGAGACAACCGAUAGCGACCACCGUGUCGGACGAUGAGGACACAUCGGACGAAGUGACGACGCCGACGCCGACUUUCACGGCCGAAAAGACGACGAUUCCGACUUUGCGACCUCUCGUGUCGAGUGAGGAGGAUUCUACGGCUGCUGGUACAGAGGAACUGGACGUAUCUGGAGAGGAAACCACAACUUUGUACACUUCCAUGUCCGAAUCAUCCCAGCUGUCCAACAUAAUUACCCCAGAUGCACAGCAUGCCAUUCACAAGAUCAUCGAAUCGCUGCAAUCGGAUGACGAGGAUCAGGAAGGAAGUGGCAGUUUCAACGAAGAAAUGCCCGACACAGAGGGCGGCUACGCGGGAACUAAUGCCCCAACCGAGCUGAGCUACGAUGCGCAAAGUUCCAUCAAUGCCAUCAUUCAAUCGCUCGGCCAAGGUACUCUGCUUAGUAUUGCCGGAGGUACUGAGAAGUCGCAAGUCACUGACAUAGAGGAGCUUACAACGGAGCCACUGGUGGUUAAGACCACUACUUCUACUGCUGCAGUUUCUACUAGCACUACAACGACAUUACCUAGUACCACGUCCACUACCACAUCCACCACCACAACUACAACGACAACUCCAAUCCCAAUUACUAAGAAGCCUACUACAAUGCUGGUCUCCACUACAACGGUUCCAGUACGGACGACAUCUCCGAUCACAGAACAAUCCGAAUCGCAAUUGUUACCUAACUACAACACCAACAUUAUGGACACGAUUGAGAAGUUCCUCAGCCGAUUUGCUGGCCUGGUGAACGAGGAUACGCCCGCUGUUAAUUUGACGAGAAUGGACGCAGUGCUAGGAGGCUUCCCGGCCGAGAUGAAUAUGUCGGAUUACGUCGAUAGGACCGCAACGGUGGCUUCGGUACUAAAAUUCCCACAAAUCCAAUUAAAAGCCAACGACGACAACGGAAUCUCGCCGCCAACUCCUUCGCAGUCAGUGGCACAACCUGAUCGCAUGCCGGAACCGAUGUUAAACGAAACCGUUGCUUCGUUCAUGAAGCUAGGAGAAAUGCUCACGAUGGGCGCUCAAGCUACUGCGCCCCUGGAGCAGCGAGUGCCGGUUCAGCUGGAACUGAAAACCGUUGUCGAUGAAGAGGAAACGGAACUGCUGCGCUUCCUUACGAUCUGCGGGAAUUUGGGAACGGCUCUGUACCGUGAUCUAAACGAACACUCGCAACCAUCGUUGGAGGGUCGAAGUAUGGUUUACUCACCGUUCGCAACGAUUACUACGCUGUCCAUGCUGUUUCUCGGCACACGUGGGACCACCGCCGAGAGCAUCAACGGCGUGAUCGGGCUAGAUGAGAUGACUUCCUUCAAUCCGCAUCUGUUCUUUAAAUCUAUUGGCGAUGACAUAAAACCCCGCUACCCAUCCUCAUCGUUCACGAGCAUACUGCUGAGCGAUAGUAACCAGGGUCGACUGCAGCGAUUCUUUAGAGCGCGCGUUCAGGAGAUCUACUCGGCCGUGACUGAAUCGGUCGAUUUUCACCAGAAGGACGAAUUGUUGAGAUAUAUGAGCGGAGAUUUCCCGCGAGAAUACGUGGACACGCUGAAGCAAUUGCGCUCACCGUUGAUAUCGAUUAGCAGAAAUCGUUAUCGCCAUGAGUGUCCAGAGCCAAUCAAAUACGGCACAAUGCGAUUCAACAGAAGCUCUACCGAGCCGGAUGGAACCAUCAACAGCAUGCCCAGUGUUACUUUCCGAUCCGGGUUUUCGACCGGUUUCUCAAAAGCCCUCGAUGCAACGAUCGUCUCGCUGCCCGGUUCAACGAGCAAUGUUUCCGUCUUUUUCCUGAAACCGGAAGUCGGUAUUGCUCGGUCUGCCGAAACUAACGGCCUGGAAGCGCUCGAGGCUCACAUUCAAACCCAGACCGUUGCCAACGUGUUGAAGCUCUUCCCGGACGAAACGGUGCGCACGGCGUAUGCCGAAGUGCAGUUGCCUUACUUCGUGCAGUCUACCAUGUACAACAUGAGCCGCAGUAUACAGCAGCUGGGCUUGCACAAUCUGUUCAACGCCAGCGGGGCCAAUUUCAAUGGGCUCCAGGACUCACCCAUCGCGAACCUGUACCUGUCCGAAACCAUCCAAACCGAUUCAUUCGCUAUGUGUGCGAAUGGUGAUGAUUUGUUCGCUAGAUCGGCUCUUCCAUUCAGAAGCUUUUCGACGAAUUUGCCGAAAAAUGUUGGUGCAUCGGCAGCGCAGUCGGUGGAGCAGGAUUCCACUAACCGUCGGCGACUCGGCCAGCGUAACCGUCGUAAGGGGCUGCAGCGAAAUCGAUCGCUGGUGGGGCCGGCGCCUCGGACGUUGGUAUUCGAUACACCGUUUCUGUAUCUAGUGCGACAUAAUCCCACGGGUUUGGUGUUGUACAUGGGUCGAUUCUUAGGCUGA